AGAAAGCGCAUGGGACAGACGCACAGCAGACGCAUGUGAGCGCAUGGGAGUGCCGGGGAGUGCGAUUGGCGGGCUAUGCGUAAUGGUGACCCGAUGGGGACUGACACUUGUUAAGUGGUCACACAAUUUUGCUUGUGGGUUAUGAUAUGUCGAUGACAUAUGUAGAUUUCAAAAUUCUAUGAACAUGUCGAGGUAUAACGAAUUAAUUGGUCUCCUGAGAGAUAUAGAUCACUGUACUGGCAUUGUGAAAAAGAAAACUGUGGACCAAUUGAAAGAAGUUUUAAAUGAUGACAGUAUAGUUCAAAGAUUGAAUGUUAACUCUGAAUCUAAUGCAAAAGGGAACCUUGAUUGGGAUGUAUUAUUUUGUACACUCCACAGCACUUUAUUAAAGGUAAGUUUAUGG